ACAGCUCGCGGCUCCUGGCGGGAUGGGCGCUGCGGGCGAGGGCGCUGCCCCCUUCCCCCUCCCCCGAUGGCGCUUGGGGUUCAGGGGCUGCUCCCCGGGCGAAGGCCGCUUCGGGCGGGGCCGGGCCGCACGGGGCUCCGCAAGUCUGUUGUUGUGGUCUGAAAUUAGUGCUGUGACCGUACGCGCGUACAGCACUCGGAGCGAUCUCGCCUCCGGCUCUCCAGGGGAACAGCGCUGCCCCGGCGCCUCGGUUUUUAUGACUAUGCAAAAUGUUGCCAACUACUUCAGUUAAUUCUCGGAACCAGGGCAAUGGCGCGCUGAACUCCAGAGAUGCUGCAAGGCAUACGGCUGGAGCAAAGCGCUACAAGUACCUGCGGAGGCUCUUCCACUUCCGACAGAUGGAUUUUGAGUUUGCUCUGUGGCAGAUGCUUUACCUAUUUACUUCACCGCAGAGGGUUUAUAGGAACUUUCACUAUAGAAAACAAACGAAGGACCAGUGGGCAAGAGAUGAUCCUGCUUUCUUAGUACUUCUCAGUAUCUGGCUAUGUGUAUCUACUGUGGGAUUUGGAUUUGUGCUGGACAUGGGAUUUUUUGAAACAAUAAAACUCCUACUUUGGGUUGUAUUCAUAGACUGUGUAGGUGUUGGCCUUCUGGUAGCAACUUUAAUGUGGUUCAUUUCUAAUAAGUACUUGGUAAAGCAGCAGAACAGGGACUAUGAUGUGGAGUGGGGAUAUGCCUUUGAUGUUCAUCUGAAUGCUUUCUAUCCACUUCUAGUCAUUUUGCAUUUUAUCCAACUGUUUUUCAUCAAUUAUGUCAUCAUAUCUGAUUCAGUCAUUGGGUAUUUUGUUGGGAAUACGCUAUGGCUGAUUGCUAUCGGCUAUUACAUCUAUGUCACAUUCCUAGGAUACAGUGCAUUGCCAUUUUUGAAGAACACAGCUAUUCUUUUGUAUCCCUUUGCACUUCUCAUCAUGCUCUACUUGAUCUCGUUAGCAUUCGGCUGGAACUUCACCAAGAUGCUUUGUUCUUUUUAUAAAUACAGAGUGAAAUAAAAACAGGACUUCAUGUAUCUAA